UAGGAUAUCUAUACACAAAAGAUGGACUAUAAAGGGACGUAUCCAAAUUCCUAAGCGCGUUACUUUUGUAAUAUCAUGCUGACAUGAUCUGUCUUGUUUCAGAGCAUCGGUCGCUCCUCUGAACUCGUGUCUGUGGGUGGUGUCAACACGCGCUAUAAAUAUACAUUUUGUCUGACCGUUAAAAAAAACUUUUUUCCCGUUUCACCGGAGCUUUCUCAGAGAUGAAGAAGAGGAUGCUCAGAAGUGGUUUGUGGACUGAAGUGGAAUCUUUUUGGAAGACAUUUUUAAUUUAGAAUCUCGGAUACCGCGUCUGAUAUUGGUUGCGCGCUCAGUGAGGACGCUGGCAACAUGGCACAACAGUUUCCUGGUGCUCUUUUGUUAAUUGUGAGUUUGUUAAACAUUUUCACCGUGGGUGCAUCAUUAUCCAGGACAGGAGACCUGCACUCAUCUCCGAUCUUCUCUGAUGAUCCGAACAGUGUUUUACAUCAGCAGACAGAAGCAGAGCUCAUUUCAGCAUCACACACCCGCACAAGAUCCAAGCGCUGCACUUGCUACUCCUUUAAGGACAGGGAAUGUGUUUAUUACUGUCACCUGGGCAUCAUCUGGAUCAACACCCCACAGCGCACAGUUCCGUAUGGCAUGUCCAGUUACCGCAGCCCUCAGCGACUGAGACGCUCCAGUGGGACAGUAGGGAAGGUGCUUCAUCGCUGCACAUGUGCAGACCACAGUGAUGCCCAGUGCUACAACUUCUGUAAUGCAAGAACACAGAGUGUACCAGACAGAAGACUGAUAGGACGUUCACCUGGGUAAAAACACCUCUGAGAUCAGGACUGAUGAUCAGCAUCAAACUGGGCACCUAACUAGGUGGUUUUGGAUUUUUACAGACUUGGCUCAAAACCUACCUCACAUUCCUCACCGUGUUAUAUUUCCUGGAAUGCCCUUGACUCAUCUGGUCCACGGUAACAAGUGAAUUCUUUAGUAAACUCUUUGCAGAUUUCGGCAGCAUAUCUGGGACCCGCGUCCUGGCUUCAAGGGUUAUGUCCACUUGUUUCAGCUUGUCUUUACGUCUAAUAUUCAGUGGAUGUCCUUGAAUUUCGGAGUCUUGGAAAUAGACCUGUAAACUACACUCUGCAUUAUCUCCACUUUGUGGGCUGAUUUUCAGAGAGGGAUUACUGGGUGAAGAUGGAGAUGAAGUGGGUCUUGAAUUUUUGCAUGCACUGAGGCUCCUACACUUUGGUUGAUAGCAGAAAAUUAAAAAUUGUUUAACAUUGUUAUUGUGGAUGAACUGUUAGGAACUCUAAGUCUCCUGAGAGAAAGAUUGCCAGAUACACCGCCGCAAUUUUCAACAUCCUGAAAUCAUCCUCUACAUUUUUGCUCACUCCAGCAAAAUGUAUCCCCUCUCCACAACUAGAUAUGACAUCUUAUAUUCCUAAGAUGGUUUUGAGGUCAAAUGUUAUUAUUCAUGCAUGAAAUAAUGGGUCCACUGAAACUAAUACUAAAAGCUGAAUAUUACAGUAAAUGGUCUAUUACUCUAA